UCCGCGGUCACACUACAUCCAACAAAUGAAACAAAUUUGCCUGAAACUUCCCAGAUAUUUCUGAUAUUUCUGUUUUGUAAUUACAAAACAACAUCGAGGCUAGCGUGAGACAAAUCAUAUUACUUACAUUUGCCGCCAUGCCCACUAACAAGUCGGGCCCAACUGUGGCAGAGAGACCGGCCGAGAUACCGGAAACCGCGACAACAAACUCAUCCCAUGCUGCCGCAGCCGCCAGCGCCACCGCCACAACAACAUCCGAGGUAGAAGCAGAAGCAGUCCCAGAGGCGUCGCCGAACGAUGACGGUGAUGGCGAUGGCGAUGAUGCUGCCAAAGAGGCAGAGGAGCGCGAAGAAUUGCGGCUGUUCAUCCAAGAGCUGGGUGAGAAAAUCGAGAGCAAGCGGCUGAUGCGUCAGCAAAAUGCCAACAUCGAGCUUCCCGGCGAGGAGUUCUUUGCCCGCCUCGACUCCAGUCUCAAGAAGAACACGGCGUUUGUGAAGAAGCUGAAAAUGUUCACCACCACGCAGCUGGAGCCGCUGCUCCGCGAGCUGUCCGCCUUGAAUCUAAGCAAGUAUAUUUCGGAGAUAUGUGCCGCCCUGGCGGAAGCCAAGCUCAAGAUGAACGAUGUGCCUUCGGUGGUGAUGCUAUCCUCGCGCCUGCACGCCACCUAUGUGGACUUCGACACGCACUUCCUGGAAGCCUGGCAGAAGGUGCUGAACAUGAAGGGCGAGAAGAUCGGCAACCCGAGCAAGCUGCGCGUCGAUCUGCGUCUCUUCGCCGAGCUUAUCAGCUCGGGUGUUAUCCAGAUGAAGCCCGGCCUGGCCCUGCUGGGCAUGGUGCUGGUGCAGCUAAUCGGCCAGGACAAGGACGGGCAUAACAACUUCUCGAUUAUACUCUCGUUUUGCCGCCACUGCGGCGAGGAGUACGCUGGCCUGGUACCGCAGAAAAUGCAACAACUGGCUCUCAAGUACGACGUGGAGGUGCCCAAAUCCGAUUUCCUGGCAGCGGACAAGCAGGCAAACUUGCGCACCAUGCUCAAGGGCUACUUCAAGGCCCUGUGCAAGCAUGUCCUGGCCGAGCAGACCGAACUGAUGAACAUGACGAAGAACAUACGUCGCACGAUGGAGUGCAAGGGCGAGAUCUCAUCGGAGAAGCGUGAAAAGUGCGAAAUGAUGCAGGCGAGCUUCGACAAGCUGCUGGCCUCUGCCCAGACGCUGUCGGAACUGUUGGCCGAACCGCUGCCAGAGCUGGCCAAGGAGUCGGAGUGCUGCAGUCCGGGCACAGUGAUUGACAAUAUGCUGGACAGUGCCGCCUUGGGGGUGCUCGAUCCUUGGGGCGAUGAGGAGACACGUGCCUUUUACACAGAUCUGCCCGAUCUGCGCCAGUUCCUACCCGACUUCUCCGCCCCCAAGGUGGACCUAGAGACGAUGGAGGAGCCCAGCGAACUGACCGAAGAGGCCAUCGAUGCCAAUCUAGAUGCCGAAAUGGAUAUCGAUGAUCCACCCUCCACCAAUUCGGAUCCGCCGUCUGAGAACACUGCCGACGACCAGCCGCCACCAAGCAGCACUCCACCGCUGCUGCUGGCCCCCACGGGCACCUCGCCGAACGACUUGAAGCCGCAGAAGAUGUGCAGCGCUCUGAUGGAACUGGGACGCCAGCAGCUGCAAAGCCAGCCGCCGACGGCCCAGACACAGCAACAGAUACGCCAGCAAUUCGAUACAUUUCUCGUGAAUCUCUUCAAUUGCGUCAACAAGGAGCUUAUCGACUCGGCCGCCAUCGAAUUUCUGCUCAACUUCAACACAAAACACCAGCGCAAGAAGCUGACCCGAACGAUUUUCUCGGUGCAGCGCACCCGCCUGGAUAUUCUGCCCUAUCUGUCGCGCUUCAUGGCCGUCGUUCACAUGUGCAACACGGACGUGGCCGCCGAUCUGUCCGAGCUGCUGCGCAAGGAGUUCAAGUGGCAUAUACGCAAAAAGAAUCAACUGAAUAUCGAGUCCAAGCUGAAGAUAGUGCGUUUCAUUGGCGAGCAGGUGAAAUUCGGCCUGUUCAAGAAAUUCGACGCCCUCGGAUGCCUCAAGAUGCUGCUGCGCGACUUUCAGCAUCAUCAGAUCGAGAUGGCAUGCGCAUUUGUGGAGGUGACUGGUGUAUAUCUGUACAAUUGUCGCGACUCCCGUCUGCUCAUGAACGUCUUCCUCGACCAAAUGCUGCGCCUGAAGCUGGCCACCGCCAUGGACUCGCGUCAUGCGGCCCAAAUUGAAAGUGUCUACUAUCUGGUGAAGCCGCCAGAGUCAUCCAAGCGCGAGUCAGCCCCACGUCCCGUCAUUCACGAGUACAUACGCCACCUGAUCUUCGAGGAGCUGUGCAAGCAGAACGUUGAGCGUUGCAUCAAAAUGCUGCGUCGCAUCGACUGGCUGGAUCCGGAUACCAGCGGCUAUGCCAUCAAGUGCCUGAGCAAAGCAUUUCUAUUGCGCUUCCCACUCAUCCGCUGCCUGGCCGAUCUGGUGUCCGGGCUCAGUUCGUACCAGCCGCGGGCCGUCACCAUUGUCAUUGAUAAUGUGUUCGAGGAUAUACGCGCCGGGCUCGAGAUACAUUCGCCGCGCAUGGCACAGCGUCGCAUUGCCAUGGCCAAGUAUUUGGGCGAAAUGUACAACUACAAGCUGGUGGAGUCCACACACAUACUGAAUACCCUGUACUCCAUUAUCUCGCUGGGUGUGUCCACGGAUCAGAGUGUGGUGUCGCCGUUGGAUCCGCCGGAGAGCCUGUUUCGCCUGAAGCUGGCCUGCAUGCUACUCGACACCUGCGGCCCCUACUUCACCAGCCAGGCCACGCGCAAGAAGCUGGACUAUUUCCUGAUGUUUUUCCAGCACUAUUACUGGUUCAAGAAGUCCCAUCCCGUCUUCUGUAGGGAUAAUGAGAGCUCGGCGGAUCUCUUUCCCAUACUGGUCGAUCACACAUAUCGCGACUGUCUGGGCGCUGUCCGGCCCAAGCUGAAGCUUUAUACUAGCCUGGAGCAGGCCAAGGAGUCCAUUGAUCAGUUGCAGGAGCGACUCUUUCCCCAUCUGAAAUCGCAUGCCAGCAAUCCCAAUCUGGCUAGCCUCAAUGAGAUCAGUGAGCUGGACGAAGGGCCCACUGACGAGGAUUCUGGCAGCUCGAACGAUCAGCGAGAGCGUCAGGUUGCCGGCCUGGAGCCGGAGCAGAGCAACGAAUGUACUGAAAAUGAGACAGAUGUUCCAAUGGGACCACCGCCACCGCCGGAAUGGUCCAAGGAGGACUUGGACUUCGAGCAGCAAUAUGAAAGAAUGACGACAGAUUCGUAUCAGGAACGGCUGAAGGAGCCCGUUAAGGCUACCGCCAAGGACAUACCCGUACCCAUGAUGGCGCGUCUGCAGAAGAAGUCAUACGAACAGAUCACAGCCGGAUCACAGAUCUCAAAGGUAUCCAGCUGUCCAGAUCUGCCUCCCCGCUCGCCAGCACCCGAUCUGCCCGAGAGCUCCUCAGGCAAGACAGCGGCCAGCAAUGCUGGUGGAACUGGUGGAGGAGGAGGAGGGGGAGGGGCAACGCCAGCUGCAGCGGCUGCUGUUCCAUUUGUGCUGAUGGUGCGCGGCAACAGGGGCGGAAAGCAGCAAUUUAAAUCGUUUGUCUGUGCCUCGGACUCGCACUUGGCCAUCAAUCUGAAGGUGCAGGAGCAGAAAAUACGCGAGGAGAAGGAGAAGGUGAAGCGCCUCACACUGAACAUCACCGAGCGCAUUGAGGAGGAGGACUAUCAGGAGUCACUACUGCCGCCGCAGCAUCGAAAUUUCACUCAGAGCUACUACCAGAAACCCAACAGACAAAAGUUCAAACACCAGAAGGGCGCCCCAGAUGCGGAUCUCAUAUUUCACUGAGACGCCCAGCAGCCACAGCCCUCAGGCCGACGACAACAGACCAAUCCAAGUCAAGUUAACAAUCAGGGAAUGCGCUCACGGACUCACACUGGCAUCGCAGCAACCAUGGUUAAAGCGGGAAGAUGGAUGGUGCCUCCAACAACAGCAACAACAACAUUCAAGUUUACAAAUAGUUGUCGAAAUAUUGUAACAGGCAACAGGAAUACGAACGGGAGAGAGAGAGAAGGUGCUCCAAGAGACCUUGAUUCUCCGAUACACACCGAUCCACACCGUGUUCCAUGUGCAAUCCUCUGGUACAGGGACACACACACACGGAUAUACAGACGUUUUUAUACCGUACUUAAGUUGAGCUCUCACCACACAGCGCUCGUCCGCUUUAUACCAACGCCAGCGCGUUAGCAUGCCCACGAGAUUCUACACUCAUUGCCAAUGCCAUGCCACAGAUCGUGCGGCAUGGCAGCUCAAGAUAUUGUAAGGCUCUCCACAACGCCCCCCGCCAACCCCAAACAAUAUCCUUCGCUAUGGUGCACAUAGAGAGCACAGCCGAUCCCUUAAAAUUAACCAUAUACACAUACAUACAUAUAGUACGUACAAUUGCAUCGACUUGUUUUGAAAACAAACCUACCCCCUACUGAUCGAUUGAUAUAUAAAAAGUGCAUAUAUACCAUAUACAUAUGUUUUUUGUAAAUAUAUACAUACAUACAUACAUAUGUAUCCGUACACAUACACGCCCGUAACUGAAACCGAAACCACCCAACUGAUGGCUGUUUCCCCUCCGCCCACAGAGAGCAGGAAUAUACUAUACCACUUACUUACAUUAGAUCAGGGGAAUAUAUCUAAUCUAUACAGAUUUGAUAUAUAUUCAUAUUUAUACACGCGCAUGUAUAGUUAAUGGGUUUCCACUCCACCUCCACCUCCCCUCCCCUCCACUCCCUUGCUGUCUUGACUGGACAUCGACACACUAAAAUAGUGCAUACCUUCCCAAGACUCGUUUGACUUUUGAAUUUUUAUUUGUUUUUCGUUUUAUUUUAUUUGCUCUAAAAUUAGCGUCAAACAAUUUGAUUUUGAUUUAUUUUUAAAUUUCCUCUUCAUCUUAUCCCAUUGUAUAUUGCCAGUGUGUUGGUGUAUUCGUUAAAUAACAAUAUUCCAAAAUGUUUUACGCUUUUUUUUUAUGCUUCUUUUUUUGUUGCUUGCUUAUACAAAUGUUUUCGUUCGUUUGUUUGGUUUUACUUUUAAAAUGUUAAUCAGUAAUCAGUACAAAUGGCAAAAGAUAUAAUAUUUAUAUAGUAGUAUUAAUUCACUAUUAAUGAACGAAAAUCGAUUAAAAACAAAAACACACACAAAAGAGACG